AAUCCAUACGGUUAUAUGCCUCGAAAAAUGCAAAGCAAGACUUCACUGAAGGAUGAAAUCCUUAAAGUGAUGGAUAAUUUGGAAGUCAAAGGAGGAAGUACAGAUGCUGCAAUUGAAAAUGACGGUUCAGGAGUAGAUAAUACAUCACGCACAGAACUGUUCCGACUAGCAUCACUAUAUAACGGCCCUGAACGUAAUCUGGUGAAUUUUCCUAGAAUGGUGAAGUCAGAAGAUCCAUCUAAAACUAGCUAUUUGUCCGUUCUCAAAGAGUCGUUUGAAUUAUUUUACGAAAAGACUGGAAUCACAGGUAAAACGUUAUCCCAUUACCUAGGUGUUGUACAUUUUGCCCUAUAGUAUUUUUGCAUACUCAUAACUUAUUUAAAGCUAAAAUAUUUUGAAAAUCCAACGUACAAACAUUAUAAUAAUAAUAUAUUAACUUUAAGUUAGUUAACAGGU